AUGCAGGUUCCUGCUAUUCAGCAAAAGAGAACUGUAGCAUUUCUAAACCAGUUUGUGGUUCAUACAGUGCAGUUUCUUAACCGCUUUUCUACUGUUUGUGAAGAGAAAUUGUCAGCACUUUCUCUCCGUAUCCAACAAAUUGAAACCACGCUCAAUAUUUUGGAUGCAAAGUUAUCCUCAAUUCCUGGCCUAGAAGAUGUCAAAUUUGAAGUGUCCAGUGCAAAUAUGAAUAGUGUUACAAAUGGUCCUGUGGCACAAGCUACUGCGGAUCAACAGACAGCUGUAUCACCUCAAUCUGGACAGAACAGUAUAUGUGAAGAAGGGUUACAGAAAAUGGAGGUAGUAACAGAAAACAUUAGAACUGUGGCCAAGGAUCCAAGAUAUGCCAGAUAUCUCAAAAUGGUACAAGUGGGUGUUCCUGUAAUGGCAAUACGAAACAAAAUGAUUUUUGAAGGACUAAAUCCAGAUCUUCUCGAGACCCCAGAUGCCCCUGUGCCUGCCUGGGGAGAUGACGGGAAAGCAGAAGACAGUUCUGAUAGUGAAUCUUCAUUUAGUGACUAAAGAGACUGAUUUUGGCCUUUGGAAACCUCUGUUAAGUGCUAAUGUGUUUGGAGCUUUAGCAGACAAUGGUUUUGGGUGACAUGUUUUAUCUGACAGCAUUUUGAAGAACUAAGAUCCUCCAUGUUCUCUCCCAGAAAGUUUGAAGGCAGUGUGUUUCAGACUGAAACUUCCCACCGUGAAAAUUAAUCAGGAGAUCCUUGCAAUUUUUAUGCUGCAUCGUUUCAGCUUCCUCUCUGAUUCUUCUGAAAUUACUUUGUAAAACUCUAAAAAUUCUACACUCUAAACCUCCAGGUCUCUUAAGACUGCAUUCUGGUCGUUAUUGGUUUUUCUGUGUAACACAUUUAACCUAAGUUGCCUUCUUUUUACCCCAUAACUUAUAGGUAAAGUGACUUUUCAAAAUGAAAUUGUUCCAUUGAUGAACUGUAUUUUUUUUCUAAUAUACUAUAUUAUGAGGUGAUGCAACAAGAAUUACAUAGAAGUCAGCUAUCUUACAGUGAUUGCAAAUCAGUGAUACUCUGUUUUGAGAGAAACUACAAGUGAAAAAUAUAUUAAAAAACAAGAAUCUUUUUUCAAAGUAUAUACUGCUGUCACUUUAGAAUCUCUGCAAAGCUGUUAAAUUCCUGCUCUGUAGAAGAGUUGAUGUAUCAAAUUCAAGCUAUGGUGGUGUAGAAAUCUACAAACCUUGCAAGAUUGGUUUGAAAAUAGCACUGUGAAAGAAGCAAGUGACUAGGAGAUUAUUAAUGGAACAGCAGAUUCUCACUAUCACAUGGGUCAGUAGAAACCACUUUCUGACUGCUGUGGAGCUUAUUCAAAAGGAGCUCUGGCUGAGCAGUUUGCAUAGGAUAAGAAAUCACCUCUAAGUUGGUGCCUUUGCUGUUAAUUUCAGUGAAGAAGCCAAAAUUUAGUUUGUAUAAUGAUAAAACUACCUUGCUACCUUUUGAGGUAUGCAUUGGGGAACAAUAUAAAGAAAUCCACUUGGAGCCUAACUGGCCCUGAAGACUUUUCUCCAAAUUACUCAGUUUACUCCAUGAGUCAAAAAUGACAUUUCUUUAAAGAAUCUUCUUUAAUAUAAUUUGUUCCACAUGACCUUCUUCACAAUCUAUUUGUAUUCCCUAGAUUAUUGUGAUUAUACCAGAAUGUUGUGGGCCAGGCAAUCAUUCACUUUCUGGUAUUUCACAUUCUUCCUGAGACCAAGAAAAGACUAAAACUGAAGCUCAUAAGUGUAUACAUUUGUUAGCUUUUAUGACCAAGUCACUAUCUUCUCUCUUAGUCAUUUAUGCCACUUCAGUAGGUUAGCUGCUUUUUUUUCUAUAACUUAAGCAUGGCUCCCGUUUGAGUCUAGCAGACAUAUUUAAGCUCUUCAUAACCUGUAAAUCAGAGUCAUGCCUGAAUCCCUACAAAAGAAUAUAUGUACUAGAGAAUGACUAGAGAUGGCAUUUCGAUGAUGAUUUAAUUAUUAUUGAACACUUAAA